AUGUUAGUGGAUUAUAGUGAUGAUGAACAAGAGAUCAUGGACAACAAACCAAAGUCAAUAUUGGUGAAUCCUGAGGUUGAUUGUUCACAUUUGGUGAAGAAGAAGGAGGAGGAGAAAGCUCUUGAAUUAUCAAAGACAUAUAAUUUCUUGGGAUAGAAAAAGAAUCAUUUAACAGGAAAUGUUGAAUCAGUAUAUUACAAUGAUGCAGUAUUCGAGGAAUAAUUUCAUAAAUUUAAUGUAUAUGGUUUUGCAGUGGAUCCAAAUGGUAUAAUGAUAAAUUUAAAUUAGAAAGAAAUAGAAGAGUGAUAGCAUGUAAUUAAAAAUAAGAGGAAUUAUCUACUUUAAUGAAAGAAGGUUAUGAUGUAGAUGCAGCAGAUCCAUUAUUUAGUAAAAAUGUACUUGCAGGUAUGCAUAAAGAAGAUAAAUUAAAAUAAUAAGAAUUAAAAUAAAAUAGAGUGAAAGCAAAUGAUCCAUCAAAAGGAGAAUUUAUGGGACCUUGGGCAGGAUAAUAAGAUGAAUAAUUUGAAAAUAUAUAAAUGAAUGAAGAAUAAUAAAAAUUAUUAGAUUAAUUAGAAGAAUAAAGAAAAUAAAAGAUAGAUGAAUCAAAAAAAUAAGAAGAAAAUUUUGUACCUUAUAUGGAAUAACAUGUAAGUUAAACAGAAUAAUUUGGUGGAAGAUAAUUUAUAGCACCUCCACCUGAAUUAAAAUAUGUUGAUCAUACAUGUUAUAUACCAAAAAGAUGUAUAUAAACAUUUCAUGGUCAUACUAAAGGUGUAUAAGUAUGUAAAUUCUUUCCUAAAUUUGGUCAUUUAAUGUUGAGCGGUAGUUUAGAUCAUAAAAUUAAAAUGUGGGAUAUUAUUGGUAAUAAAUAAUGUGUUAGAACAUAUUAUGGUCAUUAAGGAGCAUUAAGAGAUCUCAAUUUCUCUAAUGAUGGUAGAACAUUUUUAUCUGCUGGUUAUGAUAAAAAAAUACUUGUAUGGGAUACAGAAUAUGGUAAAGUUACUUAAACUAUCAAUUUAUAACAUUUCCCUUAUUGUGUAAGAUUAAAUCCAGAUCCAGCUAAACAACAUUCUUUUCUUUUAGGAUCAUCAGAUAAAAGAAUUAAAUAAUUUGAUAUUAGAAGUGGAUAAUAAACAUUAGUUUAUGAUGAACAUUUACAAGCUAUUAACACUAUUACAUAUUUUAAUUAAAAUAGAAAAUUUGUUUCUAGUUCUGAUGAUAAAAAAUUAUUCAUUUGGGAAUUUGGAAUCCCUGUUGUUAUAAAACACAUUAGUGAUCCUGAAAUGCAUGCAGUUACAGCUACUGCUGUUAAUCCAUCUGGACUNAGAGAAAGCUCUUGAAUUAUCAAAGACAUAUAAUUUCUUGGGAUAGAAAAAGAAUCAUUUAACAGGAAAUGUUGAAUCAGUAUAUUACAAUGAUGCAGUAUUCGAGGAAUAAUUUCAUAAAUUUAAUGUAUAUGGUUUUGCAGUGGAUCCAAAUGGUAUAAUUAUAAAUUUAAAUUAGAAAGAAAUAGAAGAGUGAUAGCAUGUAAUUAAAAAUAAGAGGAAUUAUCUACUUUAAUGAAAGAAGGUUAUGAUGUAGAUGCAGCAGAUCCAUUAUUUAGUAAAAAUGUACUUGCAGGUAUGCAUAAAGAAGAUAAAUUAAAAUAAUAAGAAUUAAAAUAAAAUAGAGUGAAAGCAAAUGAUCCAUCAAAAGGAGAAUUUAUGGGACCUUGGGCAGGAUAAUAAGAUGAAUAAUUUGAAAAUAUAUAAAUGAAUGAAGAAUAAUAAAAAUUAUUAGAUUAAUUAGAAGAAUAAAGAAAAUAAAAGAUAGAUGAAUCAAAAAAAUAAGAAGAAAAUUUUGUACCUUAUAUGGAAUAACAUGUAAGUUAAACAGAAUAAUUUGGUGGAAGAUAAUUUAUAGCACCUCCACCUGAAUUAAAAUAUGUUGAUCAUACAUGUUAUAUACCAAAAAGAUGUAUAUAAACAUUUCAUGGUCAUACUAAAGGUGUAUAAGUAUGUAAAUUCUUUCCUAAAUUUGGUCAUUUAAUGUUGAGUGGUAGUUUAGAUCAUAAAAUUAAAAUGUGGGAUAUUAUUGGUAAUAAAUAAUGUGUUAGAACAUAUUAUGGUCAUUAAGGAGCAUUAAGAGAUCUAAAUUUCUCUAAUGAUGGUAGAACAUUUUUAUCUGCUGGUUAUGAUAAAAAAAUACUUGUAUGGGAUACAGAAUAUGGUAAAGUUACUUAAACUAUCAAUUUAUAACAUUUCCCUUAUUGUGUAAGAUUAAAUCCAGAUCCAGCUAAACAACAUUCUUUUCUUUUAGGAUCAUCAGAUAAAAGAAUUAAAUAAUUUGAUAUUAGAAGUGGAUAAUAAACAUUAGUUUAUGAUGAACAUUUACAAGCUAUUAACACUAUUACAUAUUUUAAUUAAAAUAGAAAAUUUGUUUCUAGUUCUGAUGAUAAAAAAUUAUUCAUUUGGGAAUUUGGAAUCCCUGUUGUUAUAAAACACAUUAGUGAUCCUGAAAUGCAUGCAGUUACAGCUACUGCUGUUAAUCCAUCUGGACUUAAUUGGGUUGGAUAAUAAAGUAACAAUUUAGUAAUUUAUUAAUAAUAAUAAUUAAGAUNAGAGAAAGCUCUUGAAUUAUCAAAGACAUAUAAUUUCUUGGGAUAGAAAAAGAAUCAUUUAACAGGAAAUGUUGAAUCAGUAUAUUACAAUGAUGCAGUAUUCGAGGAAUAAUUUCAUAAAUUUAAUGUAUAUGGUUUUGCAGUGGAUCCAAAUGGUAUAAUUAUAAAUUUAAAUUAGAAAGAAAUAGAAGAGUGAUAGCAUGUAAUUAAAAAUAAGAGGAAUUAUCUACUUUAAUGAAAGAAGGUUAUGAUGUAGAUGCAGCAGAUCCAUUAUUUAGUAAAAAUGUACUUGCAGGUAUGCAUAAAGAAGAUAAAUUAAAAUAAUAAGAAUUAAAAUAAAAUAGAGUGAAAGCAAAUGAUCCAUCAAAAGGAGAAUUUAUGGGACCUUGGGCAGGAUAAUAAGAUGAAUAAUUUGAAAAUAUAUAAAUGAAUGAAGAAUAAUAAAAAUUAUUAGAUUAAUUAGAAGAAUAAAGAAAAUAAAAGAUAGAUGAAUCAAAAAAAUAAGAAGAAAAUUUUGUACCUUAUAUGGAAUAACAUGUAAGUUAAACAGAAUAAUUUGGUGGAAGAUAAUUUAUAGCACCUCCACCUGAAUUAAAAUAUGUUGAUCAUACAUGUUAUAUACCAAAAAGAUGUAUAUAAACAUUUCAUGGUCAUACUAAAGGUGUAUAAGUAUGUAAAUUCUUUCCUAAAUUUGGUCAUUUAAUGUUGAGUGGUAGUUUAGAUCAUAAAAUUAAAAUGUGGGAUAUUAUUGGUAAUAAAUAAUGUGUUAGAACAUAUUAUGGUCAUUAAGGAGCAUUAAGAGAUCUAAAUUUCUCUAAUGAUGGUAGAACAUUUUUAUCUGCUGGUUAUGAUAAAAAAAUACUUGUAUGGGAUACAGAAUAUGGUAAAGUUACUUAAACUAUCAAUUUAUAACAUUUCCCUUAUUGUGUAAGAUUAAAUCCAGAUCCAGCUAAACAACAUUCUUUUCUUUUAGGAUCAUCAGAUAAAAGAAUUAAAUAAUUUGAUAUUAGAAGUGGAUAAUAAACAUUAGUUUAUGAUGAACAUUUACAAGCUAUUAACACUAUUACAUAUUUUAAUUAAAAUAGAAAAUUUGUUUCUAGUUCUGAUGAUAAAAAAUUAUUCAUUUGGGAAUUUGGAAUCCCUGUUGUUAUAAAACACAUUAGUGAUCCUGAAAUGCAUGCAGUUACAGCUACUGCUGUUAAUCCAUCUGGACUUAAUUGGGUUGGAUAAUAAAGUAACAAUUUAGUAAUUUAUUAAUAAUAAUAAUAAUUUAGAUUAUAGUUUAUGAUACUAAAGCUGGAAAUUUCAGAAUGAAUAGAAAGAAGAAUUUUAAAGGACAUGUAUCUGCAGGAUAUGCAUGUGGAGUUACAUUCUCAGCUGAUGGUUAAUUUUUAGCAUCUGGUGAUUCAGAAGGUAGAGUUUUCUUUUGGGAUUGGAAAACAGCCAAAAGUUAUAGAACUAUAUAAGUAAUAAUAUCAUUUUUAAUAAUUAGGCACAUGAUAAUGUUUGUAUAGGUGUUGAAUGGCAUCCUAUUGAACCUAGUAAAGUAGUUACUUGUGGAUGGGAUGGAGUACUUAAAUUAUGGGAUUGAUU